AUGCACCACUCUCAGCUGGCCCCGCUGCCAGACGACCUUCCCUUCCGCAUCGUCUCCAAGACGAUCGGGCAGGGGGCAUACGCCUGUAUCAAAAAAGCCACCCCCACGCACACAGACCACCCCAUCUUCGCCGUCAAGUUCAUCCACAAAGAGUACGCCGCUCGACAUGGCAAAAUCAGCCCGCGACAAUUGCAGAUGGAGGCUACGGUGCACAAGCACAUCGGCGACCACAAUAAUAUCAUCUCCUUCUUCCAGACGGGCGAGGACGAUGUGUGGAGGUGGAUUGCGAUGGAGUUGGCCGAGGGUGGAGACCUCUUCGAUAAGAUCGAGGCGGAUGAGGGUGUGGGCGAGGAUAUUGCCCAUGUGUACUUUUCGCAGCUGAUUAGCGCUGUGGGGUAUAUGCACUCGAAGGGGGUGGGACAUCGGGAUAUCAAACCGGAGAAUAUGCUUUUGACGGCCGAUGGGAAUUUGAAGAUUGCGGACUUUGGCCUCGCCACGCUGUUUGAGUACAAGGGCGUCACGAAACUCUCGACGACAUUCUGCGGUAGCCCGCCCUACAUUGCCCCCGAGGUCAUUUCCUGUAGUGGGAAAGGUCAGUUCAGGGGCACAGGGUACCGCCCCGACCUGGUGGACAUCUGGUCGUGCGGCAUCGUCCUCUUCGUCCUCCUAGCUGGCAAUACACCCUGGGACAGCCCCACCGACAACAGCUACGAGUUCCACGAGUACGUCGCGACGAAUUCCCGCACAAGCGACGAGCUCUGGCAGAAGCUGCCCCCCGCGACGCUGUCGCUGCUCCGCGGCAUGCUAAACGUCCAAUCCGAGAGCCGCUUCUCCCUCGAGGACGUCCGCCGACACCCCUGGUACACCAGACAAAACAAGUACCUGUCCGCAGACUGCCGCCUCCGCGACCCCAUCAACCUAGCCACCACCAUGUUCGAGGCCCUCCACAUCGACUUCUCGCAAGACCCGCUCCUCCGCCGCACCCGCGGCGGCAGCUUCGGCCUGCCCGAGCGUCCCGACAUCGACAUGGGCGACGCAGACACCGACACACCCGAACAGCGCAUCUCAUCCACACAGCCCGAGAUACCGCGUCCAGACAUGCUCGUCGACUGGGACACCCCCCACCUCAGCGACGUCUUCUCCGCCACCCAGCCUAUGCAUCGCCAACCCGCCCUCCUCUCCGUCGACCCCUCCCUCCUCGCCGACACCCUCGAAGACGAGCCCUCGCUGUCGCAAUUCUCCGCCGCCCCCUGCGUCCCCCUCAGCCGCACCCAGAAGGCCCAGCGCUUCCGCGACAUCGUGCCCCCGCGCCCCAUGACCCGCUUUUUCUCCACCUGGGAACUCAAACUCCUCAUCCCGCUUGUGUGUGAAGCCCUCCACCGUUUGGGCGUUCCCGUCCCGUCGGUCCCGGCCGUUGGUCCCGGCGACACAUCCGCUAUGAUCCGCGUCGUGACCCGCGACGGCCGCAUGUGCACACUCCAGGGGAAAGUCCUCAUCGAGUGUGUUUCGGAGGGGAUCUUCGAGAUUGAGUUUAUAAAGGUCAAGGGCGAUCCCCUUGAGUGGCGCCGUUUCUUCAAAAAGGUUGCUGUGCUUUGUAAGGAUGCGGUUUAUAAGCCUGAUUUUUAA